CCUCGUCGAGAACAUAAUGUUUCCUCGGGUGAAUUUCGCGAUUUUUGUAAGUUUAGUUUCUAUCGGCAGCAUACGGGCGGAUGAAGAAGGACGAAUCGUUAACGGUGAAAACGCUGAAUAUGGACAGUUUCCGUACCAGGCCAUGUUGCUGCUUCAAAUGUCCCAAGGGACUGCACUUUGUGGAGGAAGUUUGAUCAACUCCAGAUACGUGGUAACGGCUGGCCACUGUGUUGAUGGCAUCAAGUCGAUCCAAGUGCGGUUGGGUUCGAUUUUCUUCAACGGGAGAAAUCCUGACGGAUCGCCUGAUGGUAGUGUCGUGAUGAAUACAACGGACUUUGCGGCCCAUCCGGAUUACGAUCCCAACACUUUGCAGAACGAUAUUGCCCUGGUACAUCUGCCCGAGGCCGUGGAAUUCACCGAUAGGAUUGCUCCAGUGGCCUUGCCAGCGGGAAAUGAUGAUUACACUGGUCGGGUAGCCAUCGCAAGUGGAUUUGGGUUGACCCGAACGGCCGGAAGUCCGGCCGAUAGAUUAAAGUUUGCGCCGCUCAAUGUUAUAAGUAACGGUGCGUGUCGAUUUUUCUAUCCCGGAGGAACCGUGCAGCCAACCACGCUCUGUUGUCGUGGCGAUAAUCGACGCUCCACAUGCAAUGGAGAUUCUGGUGGACCUCUCACACUAGAAGAUAACGGCCAAACCGCACUGAUUGGGGUUGUCAGUUUUGGAAACCGAUUUGCUGGAUGUGACGCCGGUUUUCCGGUAGGAUUCACCAGAGUUACUGAGUUUGUUGAUUACAUCGAGGAGAAUACUGCCGAUGGAUAAAUCCCUGAUAGAUUAAGCUAGUUCUUAAUGAUAACUUUUGGUACAAUGAAUUGCGCAGUACAUAAGUGUCUGUGUAUCCUCAUUGAUGUGUGCUUUCAAUAAAAAAAAAAUUAAAUGUGUUAAAAUUUCGAAUGUUUUUAAGAAAUGCACCAAUAAAUUGUACUGAAAUAUUUUA